GCACCAUCAUCGGCCCUAUAUAAACAAAGAGAAGCAACGAAAAAACUAAAAAAUAACAUCAAAAGCAAAAAUACACAAACAGAGGAUUUUUUCAUGAGUUCCAUCAAUCCGAAACAAAGUAUCAUGCAGACCCUUGAGGCCAUGCCUGAAGACAUGCGUCUUCUAAUAGUUUCGAAAGUAGGCCAAAACUCCCCCGUCGACUACUUCAAUACGGUUUUGACAUGCAGAAGCCUAAGCUUCCGUCCAGACAACCCCUCUGUUGCCAAAGAUCUCAACCUCUCGCCUUUUGUUAAGAAGCCAGUCCUAUCCAAUCAGUACGAAUCAUUAAUGGACGCCUACCUUAAAGCAGACAAUAUUGAUGCUCACUUUGUAAAAGGUAUGAUUCAAUUCUUCCAAUCUCAAAAUCAAGUCCUAGGUCUACAUCACAUCCACAUAGCAUCAAAGAGUGGUCACCUACAAGGAAGAUACAUUUUUGGUGUUCUCCUCAUGGCCAUCGGCGAGACAGACAAAGGAAUCAAAAUCAUCAACGACCUCACGGAAGAGAAAGGUAUUUCGUUGGUUGAGGAUUGA